UGGCUUCCCCGGGGGAUACCUGUAAGAAAAUGGCUGAGUUUGAUCUCACUACCACGCUUGGGCAAUAUUUAGAUCGCCAUUUGGUGUUUCCUUUGCUGGAAUUCUUAACAGUUAAAGGGGUACAUUGCACUAAAUAAUAUUCUAAAAUAUUAAAAUGCUUAUGAUAUAUAAGCUAUGUUAAAAAUAUAUAUUACAUCAGUUGUUUAAAUUUGUAUGCUUCAACAGCUGCCGGUAAAAUUAGUCUGAGAUGAUUAGUCUUAGUCAUUCAUUAGUACAAACAACCAACACAAACUGUAAACUUGUCAUAUUGUGUAACUUUUAAAUUAACAUUUUAUAAAAGAUGUUGAGAGUUGAAAUCAAAAUGAGAGAAAUGUGUUGUGUUGUGUUGUCGCCAUUUCUUCGAAAGUAUCUAGUUAUACUACCCGGUAUUUUAUGUUUAUAUUAGACUAGAUACUUUGGUCAAAAAUUUAAACAUUUUGUAAAAAUAAACCGGUAAAAGUGCAGUUCAGGUGCGUAUAUUAUUUCUUAGCGCAUUUCGUAUUUUAUCAUGUAAACUUACGUGUAUUCUUUAUUAAUUAAAUCCAGGCAGUUAUAGUUAAUUAAUCCUGACUAAUACAGCACUUUUUUUCUUUUUUCUUUGAUUUCUAAAUCGUCUUUACACCCCAAACCAAAGACGCAUAGCCCCUUUUGCUUUGUUUUUUUUUUCCNGGGGGGAGGGGGGAACUUAGAUGUUCUGUUUUGGGAUUGGUGCCGAAAAUUCGUGUUUUUCUCUUACAUGUGAUGUAUAGAUGUAAUUCCAUAUGCAUAUAUUCUAAAGGGUGGUGAACUCAUGAAUUUAAUUUUUCCUAAAACUAGAUAAAUACACGGUGUCGCUCAUGAUGGCAUUAAAAAAUUAAUUAUUUUUUUUAGACGGAAGGAUGCCAUACAUAUAUAUAGCUAACAUCUAAAUUAAUUGGUCUGUAAAAAACACAUAAAUAAUUGUUUUUUUUUUAUUUUCUCUUCUCCCAUGAAAAAACUAAUAAAAUACAAUCCGAAAUGUAUCCCGAUCCCCCGUGGUAUCCCUUCCCAGUUUUGAUCCCAUUCUCCAGUAUGCGAUCACUUCAUAUAGAUCUCGAUACAAUAGGAUCCCAUUUCCCCAAAAUGAUCCUGUUUCCCCAUUGGGAUCCCAACACAUGGGAUCCCUAUCCCAAUGGAAUCCAAUUUCCCGUUGGGAACCUGAACCCAGUGGGAUCCAGUUUUCCAAUGGAAUCCAAUUUCCCGCUGGGAACCUGAACCCAGUGGGAUCCAGUUUUCCCGAUGGGAUCCCAUACCUGUAGAGAUCCUGUUCUUGGUUGGAUCAUCCUGUUCUUGGUUGAAUCUCUAUUUCCAAUGGGAUCUCUAUUUCCGGUGGCAUCUCUAUUUCCAGUGGGAUCCCAUUCCUUAAUGACACUAAUGAUCGGCAUUUCGCAUGCUCCCACCACCCUUUGUUCUCUCAGUGCUCGGAAAAAAUGUACCGAUAUUCCUUUGAAGUUGAAGCCUUGGUUUGGGGACAGAUGGGGGGGGGGGAUUAGAAAUGGAUUAACGAUCAAGGCACCGACCGAACACACUUAUUUCCUGGAGUGGAGCUUUUAAAAAAAAGGGGGGGGGUGAGGAGGGGGUUCCACGAAUUUGUGCCAAUGUGUGAUCAUGUGUUCAAUUUGUUUUAAACAUUUGUGAGAAUGCAGAAAUGGGGGAAAUCGGCCUUGAUAGCGUGGGGUCACUUAUUGGUUGCCAUCUCAAAAUGGUAAGCAAAUACGUUGGCCGUUAUGGGUUAGGAUUAGGCUAGUGCUUAUAUAUAAUGAGACGGACCAAUUUUGCGGUCAGGACGACCAAGAUGAACAAGAAUUGAAAUUGUUGAUCCCACGAAAAUUUUAAAUGAUGCAGCUAGAGACCGACCGAAUUUCGGCUUCGGUUUCGGCGCCGAAAGUUGCCAUAUGAUCACUUUCGGCCUACCGAAACUGAAAAGUUCACUUUCGGCUUCAUUUCGGUGUCGGCCAAAAGAGAAAAGUUAACUUUCGGUUUAAUUUCGGUUUCAUCCGAAAAUGACUUGGACUUUCGGCCGUAUGUCCGACCGAAAUUGACUUAGUUUUUUGGUCAUCUACCAGAAGUCAGACUGUCUGUCGCUAGACCGACAAUCUGAUAUUCAUUAGUGCUCGCGUCUUGCUGCCAUUGUAUGUUAAAUGACUAAAUAAUACUCAGCGAAAGCUGCCCACGGCUGCAUGAUGACCUACUGGUCCUAUAUUUCCAUAAAUUUACAUCACCGUUAUCAGUAUGGAGAAUUUAAUCUCUUAUUCAAGUGUAUGGCUCGUUCUAAAACAGUACACAACAAAAAGACGAUACAAAAUGAUAACAAUAACCAAGAAUACGAUACUCAAACCAUUUUUAGUCUUGUUCCAGCACUUAAUAAUCAUCUCGGCGGCCACGUUUCUCAGUAUUGCAGAAUUACUUAUACUGAUAUACAUUUCAUGAAGUUUCUAUAUUUUCUAGAAGGUUCUAUUUUUCAUUACGCACGGGUACCCCCUUCCACGUCCCCACUCCACCUUCUUUUUUUCCCCCCUCAGAGUGCUCGAAAUAAAAGGGUUGUCCCUUGAAGUCUUUGGGAAGGUUGGGGGGGGGGUAGAAGAUGAUCACCAACUAAGGCAGCGGACACAAGUCAUCAUUGUCCUGGAGUGAAGCUGAAAAAAAUGUGGAAAAAGGGGGGGGGGCACGAAUACGGUACGAGCCAUAUGAUUGAUCACGUGUCCACUUUAAAAAAAAAAAAAAAUUAUGACGUUGCAGAAAUGCGGGAAAUCGGAAUAAUAGUGUGGGGUCAUUUAUUGAUAGUCAUCUCAUACUGAUGGCUGCAAACACGUUGUCCGUGAUUGGUCAGCUCUAAUUUGAGCAACCCCUCCCCUUUUUCCGUAUGCAAAUGCGCUUAUUAAUGGUGACUGAUUUGCGCUGAGUAAAGUGAGGGCUAGUGAUUAGUAAUAAGACGGACUCGUUUUGCGGUAUUGCGGGUAGUGGGAUCAUUUUGUUAAAAAUGGCAGGACGACCAAGAAUGUUUAUCCAACGGAAAUUUUUAGCAUUUUUGUUUAUUCGCGCACUUUGUGAGACAACAAAUAACGUUAAUACAACUAUGGAAUUUCUCGUAAGGCGCUCGUAACCAUUGCUAUGUGGCUUGUAAACUGGCUACGUGUGUCAAGUAUGUGAGUUCCCUAUAAUUACCGGGAUCUGGAUCUCACCGGAAACGGGAACNUAAACCAAGAGUUCACAACAUUAGCAUUACCCUCAAUUUGAAAGUCUUCAUUAAUUCCCUGGUUGUUUUCAGCAGUUUCAGUGUCAAAUUCACUGCUAGAAUAUCAAAAUUACUAAGCACAGUUUGAUCACUGUCAGACAUGUUCGAAAUUCACGAUGUAACUACACACACACACAAAAAUUCCUGCAAACAAAUAAAUUGAGUUCACCUUCAAUGAACGCCGCCAUUACAAUGCCGGGAUGUGCAGGAAUACGUGUGAAUAAUUUUGAUUCGCUGGUACAACGCCAAGCCAGCCAAUCGUGAGGCUCGAUCUAUCAGGCCGACGGCUCGGACUUGACGUCUUUCUCGCUAGUGUACCUCGGGCCGAUAGAUCGGCCCUUACGUCUCCAGAGGGUUAAACUGGAAUGUUUUAAUUUGAGCUUUAAAAACACUGUAGAGUCCAUAUUAUAAAUGAUCAGAAAUUUCUGUGUGCAACACGUUGUCAUUGGCAACCAUUCACAGCCACUUGCAUAACGGCUAUAUCGUAGUACUAUCUCAGAGUUUCAUUCAUAAGUGUUUGCCGUGUGCAAAAACUAUUAAACCAUUGGUCAAUGAAAGCUUUAAUUAAUUAUUCAUGUGCCAAAGUUGAAAGUUUAAAAUAAAUCGACCCUAAACAGUAUUUUAGUGAUAAGGGAAUGCCUUAGCCUUAUAUAAACUAUAUAGUCAUUGCGCAUGACGUGAUCGGCGGAAUGAGGUCACAGAAUGUGGAGAUGCAGUCCAUGUUAAAAAAGGACAAACCAAGUCGUACUUUAAAAAUUCAUAACUUUAAAACUACAACAGCUAAAAAUAUAAUUUUGGUGUUAUAAUUCUGUACAAAUUUAGCUCUAUUCAACUAUGCCAUUGGUUUAUUUUUACAAAAUGUUUAAAUUUUUGAAAAAAGUAUCUACCUAUGGCAUAGUUGAAUAGAGCUAAUUUUUUACAGAAUUACAACACCAAAAUCAUAUUUUUAGCUGUUGUAGUUUAAAAGUUAUGAAUUUUUAAAGUACAAUUUCGUUUGUCCUUUCUAUAAAUAUGGACCCCCCACAUCUCAACAUUCUGUGACCCAAUUCCGCAUCAUGAGCUAUAUAACUUACUCUCGUUUUAAUGGUAAUUUUAUAUGACUUUUAUUUUCACAACUUAUGCUGUAUUAAAAAAUAAUUUUAAUAAUAUGUUAUACAAUUAUAAAUUGUAGCUUGCACUAUGUUUAUCAGUAAAUAUAUAUAAUGUAGUAUUAUAUGGCUUUUAUUUUUACCAACAAAUCUACAAUGUCCAUUUUACUGGUAUAUGCUAUAUAGUAAAAUACUAUUUGGGGACUACUUAUUUUGAACUUUUAACUUUGACACAUGAUUAAUUAAUUAAAGCUUUCCCUAGACCAAUGGUUUAAUAGUUUUUGCACACGCCAAACUCUUACGACUGAAACUCUUAUUUAGUACUACAAUACAGCCGUUAUGCAAGUGGCUGUGAAUGGUUGCCAAUGACAACGUGUUGCACAGGGAAAAUUCUGAUCAUUUAUAAUAUGGACUCUACUACUACUGGGUUUUUGAACCUCAAAUUAAAAUAUUCUUUAAAUUACAUCUGAUUUCAUUCUAAAACAUAAGUUAUCCAAAUUUUUUAUGUAAAUAGUGGUAAUAAUUAAAUAUUUCCUUAGUAUCGGCAUGUGCCGCCAUUAAAAAGGCGUAGCCGCCGUGGCUCACGCAAUGUCGAAAAUAGGCUGAGUGACCUUAUGGUAAUGCAAGUUACGGGGACAAGAGAAACGAAUGUUGACACAACCUACAUCAAUGAGAAUUGGCACAAAUAUACUUCAAUAUCUAAUAUGAAAGACCUUGUCUUAUUAUUUCACAAAAAAAUUUUUUUGUGAAGAUGCCUAAUACUAAUAUAUACCAAAGAUUUUCAAAAUAAAGGUCGGUUGAAAACACAAAAUAACUGGAUUGAAAUGAAGACCAACGUCUUCCAAAGUGAAAAGGCGGAAGCGGAACUCGAUUAGAUGUCAAAAGUACUCAUUUAUUAAUGAAUUGACACAUUAAAAAGUUGGAUUUUACUGCUCGACACCCAUUUCUGAUACAAAUUUUGAAGUUGUCUCCCUUGCUAUACCGAAGUACCUAUUGUGGUCCGCUAUAACUUAGUCAACAUCUCUAAAAAAGUGAAAGUCAAAGUAAUUUUACAAGAUUAUAUUAUGGCUGCUUUAUUAACUUUUAUUUUGUGAAUUUUGUCUUGAAGUUAUAUGAUGAAAAAGAAAUGCUUAUGGGCAAGUUGGAUCUCCUUAGCAACACCAACAUGGUUGACUUUGCUAUGGAUGUCCAUCGCAACCUGUAUCCAGAUCAAUCUGUGCCCCUAGGUAUGUCAAAGUUUGACACUUUUCCCAGUCAAUUAUUUAGAAUCUGUAUUCUGCUUAUGACUUAAAUAAAAAAUGUUCUAAGAUGAAGGCUAUUUUUAGGCCUUUAUUAUAGGCUAAGAGUAACACUACUAAGAGUUUAACAAAUAAAAUUAAAAAUUUUAUGAUUAAGCUGCACAUUGAAUAAUCCAUUUAUAAAAGUUUUACAUCCUUUGAUUGACAGUCUUGAAGGAUAAACGCCAGGAAGUUGUUGCACAGUUGAAAAACCUUCAGGCCAAAACAGACAGCAUCACAGAGAUAUUUGAAAAGCCAGAGGUUCAGCGGCAAAUUCAAGCCUCUAGGUAAUUCACAUGUAUAAAGUUUGAAGCAGAAAUUUUUUAUUUUGAGGUGUAAUAUACUUUUCAAUUUAAUGACAUGUGGAAUUUGCUUUGAAGACCUUAAAUAUUUGUGAAUUGUCUGUUCAAUUAUUUUAAAGAUAUUGUUAAUUUCCAAUUGCAGAGAUGGUCGCCAACUCUAUGACUUCCUCUCUAAGGAGUAUGGGGUGAGUUAAAAAUUACAUAAUGUAGCUUUAUGAAAAAUAUAAUAAUAUCUAGUCAUUGGAUUUUAUGUAAAAAAAAUCUAAAUGUAUUAAUUUAUUUACUGCUAAUUAUUUGAAUGAGUUGAAACAAAUUUCUAUAUUACUAUUUAUUUCUAGUUCAAGCAUGAUAUGAUCAACACCCUUUAUGAUUAUGCCAAAUUUCAAUAUGAAUGUGGAAACUAUUCAGGAGCUGCAGAGUUCCUCUAUUUUGUCAGAGUUUUGGUAAGUUCUGUUUGUAAAAGAAAUUAUUAUAUUAUAUUUUUCUUGGCCUUUAACCCAAUUAUACACCACAAUUUUUAGUGGAAUGUAGUAAAAUUAAGGGACAAAAUUACAUUCAACCUGAUUAUUUUCAACUUUAAAACUCCACUUUCUGUUUAUCAAACCUUUUUCAUGUAGCUGGAGUAUGUUUUUAUUUAUAAAAUAGUGAUAAAAAAUUAUAGAGAGAAAAUUUUAAGGGUAAUAUGACAUUUUUAUGUAAAAGUAACAAUAACUAAAAUAUAAAAAUUUCUACACACCAGCCCAUAAAUCAGGCCAGGCCAUAAAAAGACCUGUUUACUCUUACAAUUUUGGCGUACAAUAUACAAUUUUUAAAUAUCUUUUACCAUUUUACGUCGAGACUCGCCAAAACGACGAUUUUCAGAGAAUCUGUGAAAAAAUAGCAACGUAAUUUUUUCUGAUAAAAAAAAAUUGAAUAAAUUUUCAGUUAUGGAAAUUUUAGCCUUUUCUAAUAAAGAUCUGGCAGUGAAUGGUCCAAGAAAAACAAUUGGUUGAAAUUUUUUUCAAGUUGGGACCUUCAUUCAUUAUAUUAUGUAUGCACUGAUAAGGGAGGUGGCGGUUGUUGAUUAAGGAGAUUUGUGGAAUACACGAUGCAUGUGUAGGGGUAUUGGUGGGAGUGUCAAGACUAUAAAAAUAUCACCACAAUGUAUCAUAUUGAUGGUGAUGAUGGUCAUAUUGAUGCUUUGUGUGUCACAGUGAACUAGCUAGCUGUGUCAACAGUAAUAUUUAGACUAUUCGCCCUAGUAGGGCGACUUCAUUCAUCAUCCCAUUGGACUGCUACCAAGCGCGUGUUCGUCUGAACUGCUGCGAUUGUGAAAGCGGAGAAAACUAGAGAUGUAAGGUCUAGUCAGCGGCAUUUAAAAAAUAUCUUUAGAACUCUCUUUAGAAGCAACUCUAUAGCCUCAACGAUUUUAAUACAACAGUUUGGUAUCACUACUCCUACUACACACCCAAACCAAACACUUUUUUAAAAAAGUUUACGUUAGUUUAAUAGUCUAUAGCAGGCCUGCACAACUCAAAAUGUAAGGCGGGUCGUUAAUACUUUAUGAAAAACUUGUGCGUGCCAAAAGAAAAUCGGACAAGGGGGAAAGCUAUUAAGAAAAUAAGAAUAAAGAAUAUGGCGGCCCGCAGGUCGAAUGUUGUGCAGGUCUAGCUAUAGUAAAUGUUAAUGGAAAAAAAUCAGGUGCAUAUUGGAUAGGCCACGGCACAAUUUUUUUUCCUGUUAAUGAGGGUGGGGAAAGGUUGGUUAGUCACCAGCACGGAAAGACGUAUUAGUGGACUACAGAAAAAACAAGCAAAAAAUGCAAUAAAUGUGGUACAACCUGCCAGAAAUUUCAAAGAAAGGAAGUUGAAACUCUUCUGAAUAAAAGUUUGUAAAGUUAUAAAUAAAAUAUUUGACUGUAAAAGUUAAAACAUUAAAGCCAUGAAACAAACCAGUGAUAACGCACUCUGUGGCUAAACAUAUUCAUGCAAAAUCGGGGUGAUGCAUUCUACAGUGAAACAUAUCGAAUGGGUUAUGGAAAAUAUGGUUUAAAUAAAUCUUGAGUAACUUGAUUUAGAUAAACAUAUGUUAAACAGAUGUUCUCUUGAGUAUUACAGACCUGUUUACUCUUACUAUUUUGGCGUACAAUGUACGAUUUUGAGGUGGAAACAUUAUAAAUACUGUAUGUUUAUUUUUUACUAUAAAUAUAAGGAAUUGAGCGAUUUUGUGAAGAUGUACGAUUUUAAGAAUUUUAGGGUAAACUGGUCUGGUAUUACUUAUAGCUUUAUAUUUCUUCCUCUUCAUAAGAUAAUAGUGUAGCUUCUUUAUAGUUGGCGCUUUCUUGAAUGUCUAAUGAGGCCUGGAAUGGCAGUCUCAAAUGUACUUGAAUGAACACCAUUACUUUUGCCUUACGUAAUACUCUUUUUUUUUUGGUAUUUCUUUUCACACAUCUUUUGCUUAUUUGAUUCCUGCAUUCACUGCUGUUACGCAGCCAGAAUGGUUUUCAACGAUAAUCUUAAAUUCACCACUUUGUAUUGCUAUUUGCAUGCUCUGAUUAACAAUAAAUUUUCUUUUAAAUAACAGAUCCCACCAAAUGAUCGCAACUUCCUUAAUGCAUGCUGGGGAAAGCUGGCUUCUGAAAUCCUGAUGCAAAACUGGGAAUAUGCUUUAGAGGAUCUGAACAAAGUUAAAGACCUUAUAGACAGCAAUGUAAGGGACUUUUAAAUCAUUACAUUGCUUAAUUUUUUAAUAGGUUUAAUCAUUUGAUUUAUUUUGAUCUUAAUUAAAUAAAACAGGGUAAAAUCUAAGUUUAAAAAAUAUAUAUAUUAAGUAGCUGUCAAAACAGCACUUAAAGAAAAGGGUUUCUUAUUCAAUAUUGGAUGAGACUUAUUUUAGGUUUUCUAGUUGACUCUUUAUUUUUUUUAAAUCUGUCUUUGCAAGAAUAAGAAAAUGAAACAUUUCUGUUAGUAACUAGUUGGGUUGAACAUUUUGAGUUGAACAUGUCUUUAUUAAUUUUUUAAUCUAGUCUUUCAACUCUGACCUGAUGACAUUGCAACAAAGAACAUGGGUGAUCCAUUGGAGUUUAUUUGUCUACUUCAAUCAUCCGAAAGGCAGAGAUCUCAUCAUAGAUCAGUUCCUAUACACACCUACGUAAGAAUACCACUUUGUUAACUGUCAUUUCUCUACCCCUGCCUAAAUUUUACACAUAUUUUUUCCUCAUUUAACUAACAAUUUUCUCAAAUUAUUGUUUUUGUUACUUUUCUGUCUUCUUUUUGGUUUUGUUUACUGUGGCAGUAUUUCUGUUAAUUCAAAAAAAACAAAAUUCCAGUUUUAUUCCUGAAGAAAAAGAUCAUUGUACCGUUACAAAUGGUCAUUAUUGAAUUAUUGUCCAGUUUCCUUUAAAUUAUUUUAUUAACAAGUGAAAAAUAAUGUCUUCAUAUUUCAAAAGCUUAAAAAUUUAUUACAGUUUCAAACUUGCAACUUGGUUACACUUUUAAAACUUCAUUCAUUCAUUUAAUGGCCAUCAGUAUUUACACCUUAGUGUUUUCCAACAGUUACCUAAAUGCUAUCCAGACAACAUGUCCCCAUGUAUUGAGGUAUCUCACAACAGCUGUUAUUACCAACAAACAAAGAAGAAGAGCUGUGCUCAAAGAUCUGGUCAAGGUCAUUCAGCAGGUCAGUAAUAACUCAUGUAUAUGGUGCUUAUUGUGUAAGUCUAUACUAUUAAAAUGGCUAGUUCUAUGAUAGUAUUCUAUAUAAUUUCAUAUUAUUUAUAAUACCCGGUACUUAAAAAAAAAAAAUUAUGGAAUUUAAUUUUAUGUUAAAUAACUUUGCCUUAAAUAUUAGCACUAAACUCAGAAAGAACACAAUUUUAAAGUCUUUUAUUUUACCAGGAGUCAUACACCUACAAAGAUCCCAUCACAGAGUUUGUGCAGUGUCUCUAUGUAGAUUUUGAUUUUGAUGGAGCACAGAAAAAGUUAAGAGAGUGUGAAACUGUAAGUCAUGCUAUUUGUUAAUAUUAUUGUAUUUCUUAUUAAAAUAUUCAUUAUUAGGAUUUAGUUGGAGUUUUUUUGAAAUGGUUCUAAACAUUAGUGUACCUUUAUGCUCAAGAUUUAAAUGUAACCUUUUUUUUAUUUUAUAAAAAGUAAAAUUUUACUUCAGUGUUGCUUUUCCUCUAUCAGGUUCUGUUCAAUGAUUUCUUUUUGGUGGCCUGCUUGGAAGACUUCAUUGAAAAUGCACGUCUACUGAUAUUUGAGACAUUUUGUCGAAUACAUGAGUGUAUAAGCAUCAAGUGAGAAUGACUUUCAUUGUACUAUUUACCCAUUCGGUCCCGUAACAUUUAUAGUAUAAACAACCAUUACUGACUCAUCCUAUUAUUUGAUAACAGAGCUGUCACCCAUUUAAAUGAGUACAUAGUAGUCUCGGGUAGUUGAUAUGUAGCUUACUGCCAAAUAUAUUGUCAUUAUGUUGAUAAGCUAAGGAAAAAUGGUAAUAUGAAUAAUAACUUUAGUUUCUUUAAAAUCGAUUAAACGAUGUGUCUGGUCAAAUUAAGAUAGCACGUUGUUUGAAGUUGUUGGGGAUAAUGCGCACAAAAAAAACUUAGAUUUAGACAUAAUUUUGAAUAUGGUGGACCUGCCACUGGUGUUGGUACUGAGCGUGGGAGAUAACUUACACAACUAAAGUAUUGGAGAUAAUGUGAUAUUAUGCGGCCCUCGAAUGCAUUUAGAAAUAAAAAAAUUUUCUUUGUUUAGUUAUUUUGUUGACUUUUACAGAAUUUCAUGUACGUUAUAAUUGUUUUAACAUUUUUUAUCAACUUUCUAAUUUUCAAUUUUUGUAAACAGUCCCUGACAUUUUUAUGUAAUGCUAAAAUGUGAAUUUACCAAUUUUGAUAAAAAGAAAUGUUUAUCAACAUGUAAAAGUUGGACAACAUAUACAUGCGGCGCCCCCCCCCCCCCCCCAAUAUCUUUACAUUUGUCAAUGUGGCCCUCCGCAUAAAAAGUUCGCCCCACCCUGGUCUAAGAAAUUACAAUUACAACUUAAUAAUAAUUUGUGUGUUUGUAUCUUAAAAAUAGAUUUGUAACAAACUGUUUAACUAAAUAAAAAAAAAUUCAUAACUUAGAGCUUAGCUAGCUGGUAUAUAGCUAAUAUUUUAUCUAUCUUUUGUUUCUCCUUAUGGUAUUAUGGUUAUGCAUUUAAAAUAGAUACAAUCUUUUCUUUCAUAGCAUGUUGGCUGAAAAACUGAACAUGAGUCCAGAUGAUGCAGAGAAGUGGAUUGUUAACCUUAUUAGGAAUGCCCGUUUGGAUGCAAAAAUUGAUUCUAAACUUGUAAGGUUAAUGAUAAUGAGUUGGUCUUGAAUUAAGACGUAGCCAAGAUUUUUAAAAUUAGUAUAAAAUUAUUAGUUUAAGAUUCAUUUAUCAAUUUUGCAUUAAGUUUAUUUUUUUACAAGAAUUUUGGAUAAGUUACAAUUACAUUGAGAACAUAUGUGUAUUUCUCUUGAUAUUAUUGUAGUGUCUUUGCUGACAUUUAUAAUUUCUAAGAUAAAGCGUGAAUUCAUAGGGGUUACUGUUUAUGUAAAUGGCGAGACACCUACUGUAUUGUUAAAAUUAUAUAGAAGAACAUGCACGUUAAAAAACAUAUUUUCCUUAAGCUUAAUUGAGUUGAGUGAAGAUUCAAAAAGCUUGUAAAUAACACCCCAUUGUAACAAUAUUUGUCCAGUUUUCAUAAAAUCUUAUUGAUUUCAGGGUCAUGUAGUAAUGGGUACUCAGGCUGUAUCUCCCUACCAGCAAGUGAUAGAGAAAACCAAAAACCUCUCCUUUAGAUCACAGAUGUUGGCACUUAAUAUUGACAAGAAACUUGGCAACCGACAGGAUGUAAGCCACUUUUUAAAUUAUUUGUAG